AUGGAGUCCCAAGUAUACAAAACUGAAGCGCAAGUUGUCGCAAACUCUCUGGGGAGUCAAAUUGAAUGCAAGACUUGUGACAGAAAGAUAUGGCUUCCUGACGCGGCCAAGGAACCUCUGAUCGCUGUCAAGAAACCAAGAAGGAUGGCGUCACUGAAGCAGCCUUUUGCAAGAAAGUUGGAGGCAGUCAAAGAGGAGACCACUCUCAGCAAGAUGUCCGCGGCUGUUGCACAGUCACCGCUUUUUCACUGUGGCAAAGAGGAGAUCCCACUUGAGAUCCGACGAAAGAUAUGGGCUGAAGUGGUCAAGACCGAUUCUGAAGUCGGGCUUGUGACAUGGCACAUCUGUCCGCACAUUGACGCCGUUGACGUUCGUGUCUACGAGCAGAAGCCGGGAGGCAACACUGAUUGUCAUGACCAUCCGGGUGCAGCGAUUCUUAUGGUCUCGAAGAAAGUGCAGAUGGAAGUGCUGGAGGUCCUGCUCAACACAUCUGAGAUCACUGUCGCAGAUAGCCAGGAGCCAUCAUGGUCUGGCGCACUGGCCGUAAACACCAACGACAAUCGGUAUGCAGGAUGGGAGGUUCUCAUGAGCACAUUCCGACCAUUUUGCAAACAGAUUCGACAACUCCGAGUGGUCACGCCCUUUGACACUGACUGCAUCGACAUAGAGCCGGUUCCCCAGGGUCGAUUCAACCGGUCGUUCCGUACAGCUGGGGACGGGAGAACUUUUGAGCCUCAGACCCAGCUUCUGCGAUCGGAUCUGUCAAACAUCUUCAGCAACCUGCGGAGUCUCACGAUCCACAUCGACGCACUUGAUGAAAAUGAGGACAGCCGAGUCAUGCCACGAUACCUUGCCAGAGACGAAUUCGAGGAAUUUUUCCGCGGCAUCAAAGGAUUCAAGCUGGAGUAUUGCGACUUGGAGUGGUCUGACCAGUUCGGCAGAACCAGCCAUCAGCGCCACCUAAGGAUGUUGGGUCGCAAGAGUCACCGAAAGAUCCAGUGGAAGCGUUACCGUCGCCGCGAGGGGUUGGCCCUUUCCAGAACUCUGAGACGGGAGCUUCGCAGUUUGGCCGUGGAUACUUUGAAGGAGAACAACCUGCAGGAAGGAUACGAUUUCGAACUGGAGGAAGCGUAUGUGGGCGACUCGACCCAGCCUUCAGCAGACGAGGAGGGUGAGGAGACCGAUGAUUACGACUGUUGGUACUCGGACGAUCAUUAUCCUUCAAAGGUCGAGUCAAACUCGUCCUCCAACUUCAGAAGCUCCAGCAGCGAUAACGAAACAGAGGAGGAAGAAGUAGAGGAAGAAGAGCCGGAGGAAGAAGAACCGGAGGGUGAAGAAGAAGAUGAAGCCACUGCACAGGAAGAUGCAGUCCCGGCAAUUGUGGAUGCACCGGUUGAUGCGGGAGAAGAGGCUGACGAUGAAGCUGGCUUCGAUGAGGAUGAUCAUGCUACUGGCAUGGACAAGAUUUCAGGUGAUCAAGCAGCAGCUUGA